AUGUCGAACAAUGCAACCCAGACGAGUCUAAGUCAAGAGGUGCUCAAGGGCAUAGACGAGAAUAAUAAGCUCCUGCGUGAAGAUGCACUGGCCGCUCGAGCACACUUGACGAAUCAGCAUCUGGAAAAGAUGUUUGCGAACGACAAUGAUACAGAGUAUGAGUGCACAAGUAAUCUGUGCAUGGAUCCCGCUUCGUGCCGCGGACCCAAGAUCAAGGGCUGGACGGCCUACAAAGAACAUCAAGCUAGCACGCACGGCUUGGAGAACAUUACGUGGGAAUGCAGAAAGUGCGGCCGAACAUUCUUUCCCUACAGCGCGGCUUUGACCCAUCUCACUCCAAAGACCAAUACCACCAUGUGCAUCUGGCUCGACUUGUCGCCACUGGCGCAAGCCAGAUGA